UCGAUUGGACGGUUUCCGAGUAGCUGAAUGAUAUAUAUAAAUGUGUCUCCUCCACGGCCCUGGCGCAAAGGGGAGGGAGGGGGGAAAAGAGGAUGGAGAGAGAGAGAGCAGUCGGGUCUAUCAACAGUUCUGGUCCAUCCGGCCCUGCCUGGCAUUUCGAAUCGGUUUUAACUAGCUUUGUUGUUGUUCUCUGAAAGCUGUUGUUCUGUUUGGUAAUUCGUUUAGCUGUAAUUGCAUAUUCAUUGCCGUUGCAUUUCUCUCCCUUAUUAUCUCUCUUGCUUCAUGGUACCCAUGGGACCGCCGCGCAAUAUCCUCGUCCUGGGCGGCGGCAUAGCAGGCAUAGCAGCCGCCCUUGCGCUUUCCAGGGAGCUCUCGCAAAAGGUACCGGACCUUAAGAUCACCAUCUUCGAGCUUCACAAUGUGCCAUCGACGUCUGGGGGUGCCAUCAACCUGAACCCGGCCGCCCAGCGCCAUCUCGACCACCUGGGCGUGCUGGAGGAGCUCGACAAGAUGGGAGCCGACGGGGGCGUCGAGGUCAAGGCGGUCGAGCUGUUUUCCAUCCAUUCCGGCCGGCGACUGGGCCGGGUUGACUUUGCCGGCAAGGACGGCAAAGGAUACGGCGGGUAUAAGGCGCGGCGCGUGAUGCGGAUAUCGCUUCACCUGGCGAUGCUGGCGGCGGCCGAGAAGACCUGCAACAUCGAGGUCAAGUUCGGCAAGAAAGUGAUAGACGGCAUCGAGUCUGGCGAGACGGUGACGAUUUUCUUCGAGGACGGCUCGAGUGCGGUUGGCGAUCUGGCGCUGGGCUGUGACGGCGUGCACUCGCCCACGCGGAUGCGGCUGGUCGAUCCGUCGACGCUGUCCGAGUACACGGGCGUCUGCUUCAUCCAGACGACCAUCAAGGCGGACCGCAUCACCGCGCCCAUCCACUUCGAGACCACGGCGAUGAACAGGGCGCGGCAGGGCGGCCUGCUGACGACCUACAGCCACAGCACUAAGGAGGAUAUCUUCGUGGCCGCGCUGGCAGAGGUCGACGCGGCCGAGAUAUCAGGCGACUCCGGCCCUCGCAGCCGCAAUCCCAACAGACAGCACCGGCGGACGACCUCAGAGCGGCUGCGAGACGAGAUCUGCGGCCGCUUCGGCGACUGCGCGAUACCCUGCGUGCGGGAGAUCAUCGAGAAGUCGACCAACUGGGCGCUGUACCCGGUCUAUCAUCUGCCGCCGGACAGGAAGUGGCAUACAGAACGGACUCUGCUGCUUGGAGACGCUGCUCAUGCUAUGCCUCCGAGAGACGAAUCUGCGGCGUAUGCCCUGGACGAUGCCAUCCUCUUCUCCCGCAUACUCUCGCUGUACUACCACCAACCCGUCAAGGACUCCUUCGACAUAUAUGAAUCCAUGCGCAGGAGCUCCAUCACCAAAGCAUACAACUCGUCCAACGCUACCUGGAUGGGCAGCAAGAGCGCUAACAGCGGGCGAUGGGCCAGCCGUAUCGAGGCCUGCCUCACUCCGUGGCAGAUCUACAGGGACAAGAAGGCGAGAAUUGGUGCUUGGGAAUUCGAUGCCAGCACAGUACCCAUCCCUCCGCCACCAUAGCCAAGUCUUCUUUUUAAGUCUAUCGAGCCCGUUUUUACUUGACCGCAAAUGAUGACCUUAACGAAAUAUUCAAUAAAAUAUCUGCCAUGAACUAAUCUACACACACAAGGAGGGUGUAUUUUUUUUCUUUUGGCCAACUAUAUGAUGUUAUUGAUAUCCCAUAUUGUCAUUUCCUUUUGUUGUCUCCUUCGCAUUUACCGGCGUUUAUACGGUGUUGACAUCCACCCCCUUUUUCUUUACACUCUUCUCAAUGCCUCCUUCUCUCUCCUGCUGGAAUGUCAAGAAAACACUCCCCUUGCCUUGCACUGUUCCAGCUGUUUAUUUUGAUACCCGAGGAGUCGUCCUUGCUAUAUCGAUGACUCCCGCUUUCCUUCUUCUUAACCCCUUUUUCUGGGAUGUUUGUUUAUUACUUUCUCUUCUGUCAUAUCUAUAUCAUAUCUUGCCUCCGCACCAUGUCUGCUGUUCUGUUAUUGUCCUCUCAAUCAAUCAAUCCGUACAGCAUACGAUAGAGUCCAUCGG